AUGGCAGCUACCUCAAAAUUUUGGGCUCGUGAGAGCUUUGACAAAUUGGCACCGCAUCAUACCUCUAUCCAAGCUCUGUGGGAAGGCAAAUGGAGAGCUCCAUGUGCAAUGGGAAUAUACCCAUUUCCAGAUGGCGACAUCCAGGACUUUGACCAAGUAUUCAAGAAACUUAUUGAGAUGAACAUGAGAGAGCCAUAUGACCCAGAUACCUACGCUGCCGCUUUCUUUCCUGUCGCCGAACAGCUCGAAGCAGCGGCAUCUGCGGCUGAAGCUAAGCAGGAGUCAGUACUGGCUUCGAGCCUCUAUCUGCGUGCGGUCGCUCUAUACCGAAUUUCCCGUUUCCCCGUCAUCCGAUCGGCCAAAACAUUUGAAGCUUGGGAGCGAGGAAAGGCAGCCUAUUCCAAAGGCGGGAAGUACUUGACACCCCCAAACGAGGAAUUUUCAAUUCCUCACACUCAUGCCUCAGCAUCCGACGGGAACACAAUCCAAGCUUACGUGCGCAUCCCAGAGCAUGCCUCCAAAUCAUCCCCUGUUCCUGUCGUGCUAUUUGUGUGUGGCCUUGAUGCUUAUCGCACUGAUUUCACAAGUCGAAUUGAUGAACAUAUUCGCCGAGGAUUCGCCGUUGUGAGUGUUGAGAUUCCGGGAACAGGGGACUCGCCUGCUUCAAAGCAGGACCCUCUCAGUCCCGACAGGCAGUGGCCAAGUGUUUUGGACUGGAUCGACUCGCAGGAUGUGUUUGACCCAAAGAAAUUAUGCGCUCGGUCCAUGAGCACCGGAGGAUACUACGGCAUGCGUAUGGCGCAUACUCACGCCGAUCGCUUGUUGGCGGUUGUUAGCCAGGGCGGUGGUUGUCAUCGGAUGUUUGACAAGGACUGGAUUAAGGCACAAGACAAAAUGGAAUAUCCAUAUGCCCUCGCGGAAGCUCUGGCGCACAAGUUCGGCUACGAUUCAGUGGAAGCAUACAGUGAAGAUUCUCAGAGAAGAUUCUCACUUCUAGAGAGUGGUAUUUUUGACAACCCAUGUUGUCGACUAUUUCUUAUCAAUGGCACGAAAGAUGAGAUCUUUCCGAUCGAAGACUCAAUGAUUCCAUUCCAGCACGGGCGAGUCAAAGAUGUCAGAUUUAUCGAGGGUGCAUAUCAUAUCGGCAACCCAGGUGCUGAGAGCUACGUGUACGACUGGCUUGAUCUGUUUAAGUAG